AAAAUCACAAGUUUCAAGAAAACAAAUCAUCACAAUGUCUUAUAACAACACCUCCAACACCGCUGGCCCCCAUACCUCCGACAUGGCCAAUCGCGUCGACCCCCGUGUCGACAGCGACCUGAGCCGCUCCCAAUAUGGUGCCGGUACCGGCACCACGGGCGUGCGCGGUACGGGCAAUGAGUUCGCCGGUACGCAAUCAUACGGCGGUAACACCUCCGCAACCGGCCCACACAGCUCCAACCUAGCCAACAAGGCCGAUCCCCGCGUCGACAACACCCAGUACGGUGGGACGUCUGCUUACGGUAACACAUCGACCACCGGUCCUCACAACUCCAACCUUCUGAACAAGGUCGACCCUCGCGUUGAUAACAGCCAGUACGGCAACACCUCUCACGGCACCUACGGAUCAAGCACACAUGGCGCCUCUGCCGCGGGCCCUCACAGCUCUGGUCUCGCCAACAAGGCUGACCCCCGCGUCGAUAGCGACCAGUACGGCAGUGCAGGCAACACCUUCGGUGCCGGCACUGGCACCCACGGCCGUGAUAGCACUUCCACCAAGACCUUUGAGGAUGCUCACUUCGGUACCGGUCCUCAUACCGGAGGCAACACUUCCACCAACGCCGGCCCUCACAACUCCAGUCUGAUGAACAAGGUAGACCCUCGUGUCGAUAGCGACGCCGAUAACCGCGCUCGCUACACUCCCGGUGCCACAACCACCGGUACUACACACUCGGCGACCUCUGGCAAUGCCGGACCGCACAACUCCAACCUCAUGAACAAGGCCGACCCUCGUGUUGACAGCGACCGUGAUAACCGCGCCAAGUACGCGCCCCAGACGACCAGCACCGGCAACGAAUACACUGCGACUUCUGGAAACGCCGGGCCUCACACCUCGAAUCUCGCUAACAAGGCCGAUCCCCGUGUUGACAGUGACCGCGAUACCCGCUCCAAGUACGCCCCGGGCACGACCACCGCUGCUCCUUCCAGCAACGCCGGCCCGCACAACAGCAACAUGAUGAACAAGGCCGAUCCCCGCGUAGACAGCGACCGCGACCACCGCACGCAGCACGGAACCACCACUGGUGCUACCGGUGCUACCGGAACUACUGGUGCUACUGGCGCUACUGGUGCUACUGGUGCCGCCGGAACCACCGGAACCAGCGGCGCUGGUACUUCCCACGGCACUCACACCGGCGAGAAAGUCCACUCUUCCAACCUCCUCAACAAGCUCGAUCCCCGCGUUGACAGUACCACCGGCCAGAUGAAGAACAGCCACAGCAACACUUCGUCCAGCACCAACGCCGGCAGCACUGGCGCCUACUCCUCCGGCGGUGUCGGCCACAACUCGGCCACGGCCUCUAACAGCGCUCACCACACUGGCCAGACGACCGCUACCCGCACCGGCGAGAACGCUGGCAGCGGAGUAAAGGGGGCCGCUGCUGAGAUUCAUGGCAUGGGUGAGUCUCUCCGUGGCGGCUUAGGUGCUGCCGUUGACAGAGCCUUUGGCGAUGAAGAAGGCGUGGCCAAGAACCGUGCCGUUGCUCAGCAGGGCGAUCAUGAAAUGAGCACUGGGCGAUUCCAUUAAGGGCUCUCGCGCUGCUUAUAACUACCCCCUAUCUUUCAUGAGUGAUGGAUUAUGAUACCGAUUAUCAUGCGAUGGCUUUUCUCAUUACCCCUGUACAAUAGCUUAAUUUGAUUAUUCUAUUUUCUUAUACAU